AUGUUGGCGAGGCUUUCCUGGGGCAUCACCAUUGUUGUCUUGGCGAAAUGGGUCUGGGAUGAUGAGCAGACGCAUCCGAAGUGGUUUCAAGAAGCGCCAACGCUGUUCGGGAACCCACAGGCACGGCAGCUCCCGUCUGAGGACUGGGAAAAAUGGAAUGCAGCGAUUGCACCAAAGGAGCAGCAGCUUGUCUGGAAGGAUGAGUCCGGCGCAGGAGACGAUCGCUUUCGGACAAAGUGA